AUGCCCACACGCAGGAUCGCCCACACGCAGGAACGCCCACACGCAGGAACGCCCACACGCAGGAACGCCCACACGCAGGAUCGCCCACACGCAGGAACGCCCACACGCAGGACGCCCAACGCCCACACGCAGGAACGCCCACACGCAGGGAACGCCCACACGCAGGAACGCCCACACGCAGGAACGCCCACACGCAGAAACGCCCACACGCAGGAACGCCCACACGCAGGAACGCCCCACACGCAGGAACGCCCACACGCAGGAACGCCCACACGCAGAACGCCCACACGCAGGAUCGCCCAGCAGGAACGCCCACACGCAGGAUCGCCCACACGCAGGAACACCCACACGCAGGAACGCCCACACGCAGGAACGCCCACAUGCAGGAAUGCCCACAUGCAGGAAUGCCCACACGCAGGAUCGCCCACACGCAGGAACGCCCACACGCAGGAACGCCCACACGCAGGAACGCCCACACGCAGGAACGCCCACAUGCAGGAACGCCCACGCUACCACCUGCCCCCAGGCUCCCUACCCUGCCCCCAGGCUCCCUACCCUGCCCCCCAGGCUCCAUACCCUCUACCCCCAGCUCCCCACCUGCCCCAGGCUCCCUACCCCACCCCAGGCUCCCUACCCUGCCCCCAGGCUCCCUACCCUUCCCCCAGGCUCCCUACCCUGCCCCAGGCUCCAUACCCUGCCCCCAGGCUCCCCACCCUGCCCCCAG